CAAUCCGGAGCUGCCCCGGGCGCCCCGGCCCCGCGGCCUGGACGCUGCGGGCUGCGCCGCUGUGCCGGCUUCCCUGUUAGCGGGACCUUUGCUGAGCACGGCGCGCGGGGCCGAGGGAAUGAAGGAUGGCAGCACGCCGUGCAUUAAAAGCUGUUUUGGUAGAUCUCAAUGGCACACUUCACAUUGAAGAUGCAGCUGUGCCAGGCGCACAGGAAGCUCUUAAAAGGUUACGUGGUACUUCUGUAAUGGUUAGGUUUGUGACUAAUACAACCAAAGAGAGCAAGAAAGACCUACUGGAAAGGUUGAAAAAGUUGGAGUUUGAUAUCUCUGAAGAUGAGAUAUUUACUUCUCUGACUGCAGCCAGAAAUUUAGUAGAGCAGAAACAAGUCCGGCCCAUGCUGCUAGUUGAUGAUCGGGCACUACCUGAUUUCCAAGGAAUACAAACAAAUGAUCCUAAUGCUGUGGUCAUAGGAUUGGCACCAGAACAUUUUCAUUAUCAAAUUCUGAAUCAAGCAUUCCGGUUACUCCUGGAUGGGGCACCUCUGAUAGCAAUCCACAAAGCCAGGUAUUACAAGAGGAAAGAUGGCUUAGCCCUGGGGCCUGGACCAUUUGUGACUGCUUUGGAGUAUGCCACAGAUACCAAAGCCACAGUAGUGGGAAAACCAGAGAAAACAUUCUUUUUGGAAGCACUGCGGGGCACUGGCUGUGAACCUGAGGAGGCCAUCAUGAUAGGAGAUGAUUGCAGGGAUGAUGUUGGUGGGGCUCAGAAUGCCGGCAUGCUGGGCAUCUUAGUGAAAACUGGGAAAUACCGAGCAGCAGAUGAAGAAAAAAUUAAUCCACCUCCUUUCUUAACGUGUGAGAGUUUCUCUCAUGCUGUGGACCACAUUCUGCAGCAUCUACUGUGAACCAUCAUGUGAACCAGAAGCAACUUGAAACGCAGCUUUUCAUCAUCUGGAACGAAUCCGUCACCACUCAGAGCCAGCACAGGCAGACACAGCCCUCAGCGCUGACAUGGUGCAACCCUCUUGUAUUGUGCACUAAUUAGAAAGAAAGGUAUUGAGUUACAGCCAGCCACUAAGCCUUGCUUAUCUCUUUUGUUGUAUUUUGUAAAAGAAGAUGAGACCCAAAGAAAGGGAAAGCUGAGAUUUUAUGCCAUUCCUUUUAAAAUAUUCAUCAGAAUAGGCAGGGCUAGGAGGGAGAAGCUACUGCAGGGAGUUGUGUUCUCUGCUCUCUCCUCACUGGUAAAUUGGGAGGGUAGAUCCAGAUUGUUAAUAAAGUUGAAAGGUGCAUUAGUCUGUAGUUUUAAUAUUCAAUUCACCUGUGAAACCCAUCAGAAGUGCCAAGUGGAGUACAUGUCAGAAGAAGCAAAAUAAAUUGUCCUUUAGCCCAAGUGAUUGAGUGCAUUUGCUUGAACGGAUGUUGGAAAGUAGAUUACCUGCUGUAUUAUUCCCAGCACGGAUGACUUCUUUUUCUCUUCAUUAGCCAGAGAUGACUAAUUUAAAUUUAGAACCUGAUUUUAAUUUAAAAUAAUAUUUCCAUUAAUAACCUAUUCAUUGCAGAUACCUAUUAUACUGUGUAACAGUUGUUUUGGAAAUUUUAUGUAAAAUUAAAACUAUCAGUAUUUUACAGAUGUUUUAAUUAGACAUUGUUAUUAACAGGAACAGUGCAGAAACUAAAAUCAAGCCUUUAAUGUCUUUUAGACCAUGCAUUUUUGAAGUUAGUGUCCACCAGGGUCCUAUUAACUGUACAUUUGCAAGAUUUCAUUAUUUUUGCCUCUGACACUAUGGGAAAAAUCUUUUAGAAGCUAUUGGGACAGAUUCAGGCUUUUAUGUACUUGGUUACUACAGCUGUAAAAUGAAAUCUUGUCUGGUAGCAUGGAUUAUUCUUCUCAUGUUAAAGCCACCAAAAUGAAGGGGACUAAGUAGGUAAUGAUUUUCCUAAUGCAUUUGCAUACUGUGAUAAUCCUGGGCCCUUGCAAUUGUUUACAGGACUCUUGGGCAUUGAAUUAUUAGCAUGUAAUUGUACAUCAUUGUGGUGCUCACCUUAUUGAAGCACACACUGAUGUUAAUGAGCUUCGGGUUUUGAUGCUUGUUUAGAGAUCAGCUUGGUCUUAGAUGGGAAGGAACAAACCUAAAUAAAUAGUGGCUCUCCUCUC